AUGGGCGAUAAGCGGUAUCGCGUUGGCGGUACUCGUGGUGGGCAGGAUCAGUUCAAGUGGGAAGAUGUGAAGGGAGAUGUCCACCGUGAGAACUACCUCGGCCACAGCCUUCUGGCCCCUGUCGGUCGAUGGCAGAGAGGCAAGGAUCUAAAAUGGUGGAACAAGAAAGGGGAAGGCGGGGCGGACGCAGCCCGCGCCCAAGCAGAGAUGGAGAAGGCCCGCGUGAAGCAGCUCGACGAAGAUCUUCUCAACGAAGCCCUAGGUCUCGCGCCCAGGAAGGUUCGCACGCAGCAAUUGGAGCUGAGCAAGGCGGAUAAGAAGCAGCUGCUCGAGAAAGGGACCACCGUGGACGGAGAUGGCAUGGACACGGAAAGAGUUUCGGGGCUCGGGGCGGGACCUGCGAAGCUCCACGAGCACAUCCCCUCGCUGACCCUCAAAGAAAGGGAGUUAGAGAGGCUAAAACGGGAACGCGAACGCCGAUUACGGCGAGCGGCAAAAUGCUAAGAACGAUCUCCACCAACGAGGUCAACCUGACAGUAGCGACCAGGCAUGGGGCCGUGACGCUCACAGACAUAAGACCUCGGAUGCAGGCGUUGUCCGUGAAUAUGGAAGGGAAAAGGGAAACGGACAGCAGCGAAGAGGGGCGGCAGCGAGCGGGGAGAGACAGGGUCGCACGAACGCAGAAAGCAGUCGUCGCAGAACAGCGGAUAGCAGGGAGAGAGAAAACCAUCACGAGAGAGAAAGGGCCCGCCGAAACACAGACGACGGUCGACAUAGAAGGGUGGAUGGCAGAGACAGGAACUACCGUUCAAGAGGGACCCAAGGGAAGACCAGCGAGCGGGAAGGUACUAGGGACAGGGAGGAAACCCAGCCUGCAAGCCGGGGUAGAGAAAAGCUCGAACAACGGGGUAGACUGCGAACAUCACGCCCAGGAAACAGGAGCCCUGGUGCUCGGAGGGAACAGUCGCAAGGAAUGCAAGAGAACCGUGAGCCGAGCCAUUCGCGCGAUUGGUAUCGUCGCCAAGAGGGCCACCCGGGAGAGGCAAGCGGGGGGCGGGACAAAGAGAGGCUGGGCCGUGGUGUGCGGGAAAAAAAUGGGGCGUCCAGAAGCAGCAGUCGCAGCAGCAGUAACAGCAGCAGCAGUGGGAGCAGCAGCAGCAGCGGGAGCAGCAAUAUCAGUGAGAAGCGGCAGCCAGUCGCUGGUGACAAGCGCCGCCGCAGCCGCAGCCGCAGCCACAACAACAGGAAUGCUGGACGCGAGUCGGAUGCCCGCAACAGCCAGCCCGGCGCGAACACUCGUAUAAGGUCGCGUGAAAGAUCAGGGCGUCAGGGAGAGAGCAGGAGCACCCGGCACAGAAAUAGAAGCCGGAGUAGGAGUAGGCGAUGACCCUCGUAAGCGAGAGCGGGAGACGCUUAUUAAUAAUGA